AGAUGGUGAUCUGGUUCUUUCUAUUGCUGCAUUAUGUAUCAUGUCAGCCAUUCUUUGGUUCUCUUCCUCCACGUCCAAGUACUGGUGUGAGGUUGUUUCUUGGUGAGGAGAAUGUGACUAUUGCUAAUUUCUCAAUGAUAGCUGCUGGUCUGUUUCAUGACACUGAUAUAGAUGAGCCUGGUAAUGCUGUUGGAGUGAAUGGCAGUCCUGAUGGUCAGAAUGAUGGUUUGUGGUGUCAGAGUUCUCUUAAUCAGAAUAUGAUAGGAACAUGGUAUUAUCCUGAUGGAACAACUGUACCAUUGGGUCCUGGUAGUCCUCUGUUUGCUAACAACACUGCUACUGGUCAAAUUGGUUUGUUAAGAACUGGAGGAAUAGCAAGUGUUCAAGGACUAUACAGUUGUGUUAUACCAAAUGAAGAAGGAAUCAAUCAGACACUGUAUGUUGCUGCUUAUGGUAAUACUGAUUUCCUUAUGGAUGGUGAACUUCCAACUAUUGAUGGUAGUAGUUCCUCCUUCCAGCUCCUCUCAUCAGUUGAUGCUGAUCCUCCAGUGUUUAGUUUAUCAUUUAAUGUCACUAAUAGAUCACCAACAAUAGUCACUUGCUCUGUUGAUAAUGGAAACCAGUUUAAUGUAUCUGAUAAUGAUCUGAUACGUACUGUAACAUUAGUUAAUAAUGAUGUACAAGUACAAGUAUCAGCAAUGUUUAGAAUGAGAGUGCCUGGUCUGUAUAAAUGUUUUGUUACUACUGACAGAAUUACAACUACGCCUUUAGUAUCUACUAAUAUGACAAUGAGGAAUGUUACUGUAACUGGAUCUCCAUUAAACUUCACCUACAGUAGAGAUAGUUUUCUCUCAGUUACACUAGGUUGGUCUCCCUCAGCAGUGAUUAGUGCUACUCCUCAGUAUCAUGUCUUUGUUAAUAACAGUAAUGGUAUUUUUAUAAAUGAUAGCACUACAAAUACUGAGCUGUCUCUCUCAUUACGUCCUGAUGAUGAAUAUAAUAUUAGACUAGUAGCUACUGGUGAAGACUUACCCAGUGAAAUAAUUACUGUUACUGUUCUUGAAAGUACAUGUAGAUCUAAAAUUAUUUUUAUUCAUUUAUAAAUCCUUUUCUAGUUGUCAGUAUUGAUGUACAAGGGCCAGUUAUGAUACCAUUAGAUCAUUCUUUUUUCUUUUCAUUAUCCUGUACACUGGCAUUAGCUCCUGAAGUGAAUGAUACUAUGAUUGAAAUGUUCUGGGCAAGUCCUGAUC